AUGUCGAAGGGGGCCCCGGGGGACCAGGGGGCCCGGGCGCCCGGGAGAAGCGCGGCACCCCCGCGGGUGCGACUGGCCCGUGGCGCGGUCCCGGCCGCUGAUGCCAGCCUGGGUCGGGUCGCGAGUCCCCGGCGGCCGGGGCGGGGCGGGCGGCGUCCUGCUCUUCCUGCCGCGCUCGGACCUCCCCCUCUGUCGACACUUGCGUGGGGCCCUGGCGUCGGCGUCGGCGUGGGGACCGUGCUUGCCUCGGGCGUGGCUCUGCAGGUCAGAGUUGAUGUCCAUUUCUGUGGGGUUAACUUUGCUGAUAUUUUGGCCUGUCGUGAUCAGUAUCAGGAAAUGCCCCAACUUCCUUUCACAUCUGGAAUGGAGUUUUCUGGGACAGUAUUGGAGACAGGCACAGAUGUCAGCACGGUGAAAGAGGCACUGUGGCAGAUUCCAGAAAGGGUCCCCCUCCGAGAAGCUGCUGCCCUGCCGGUAUCUUAUGGCACUGCUACUUUGGCCUUGGAGCGUCAGGCCCAUACCCAGCCUGGAGAAGCUGUUUUAGUGACAGCAGCAGCUGGAGCCACAGGCCGUGCCGCGAUUGAUGUGGCAGCAAGUGUUCUUCAGGUCAAGCUGCAGCCGUGCAAGCUGGCGAUGCAGAGGGGUGCACAGUCCAUCGUGAGCUACAGUCAGAGCAGCCUGAAGGAAGCAGUGGGGAAGCUGGUGGGCAGUGGCGGGGUGAACGUGGUCAUUGAUACCGUGGAAGGAGAUAUCUUCCUGGAGGCUCUCCGCAGCCUGGCGUGGGAGGGCAGGAUUGUGGUGGUGGGUUUUGCUGGAGGAACCAUUGCUUCUGUGCCAGCCAGUCUUCUGCUCCUGAAGAAUAUCUCUGCCAUGGGGCUGUACUGGGGCCGAUACCAGGACCAGAACUUUCCCCUCUUCUUCAGAGACCUGUCCUCAGCUAUUCAGUACUGCCAGGAAGGGUGCAUCCAGCCAUACAUUGGAGCGGUUUUUAAGCUGGAGGAAGUGAGACGCUCUUAA